AAGCGCAAUGAGCACCAACAGUCUUUGGCAUUAAUCACAUUUAAUAUUAGUUUUUUUAGUAAUAUGAGGGUUAUAUGUGCAUAAUCCGCCCCUCAUGUUUAGUGUAUCUGGUAGCAGAUGCAUAGUAUAAAGUAGUCAGGGUUUAUUUUGAGAAAGAACAAAGCCGAGGAGGUGCUGGCAGUGGAUGGAAGCACCAUCCUGUCACAGAGGGCGUUCUGCUGCACAUCUAACAAGCUCCACAGGGGGCAUCGCCGGUUAAAUGCCCUCAGACUGCGGGCGAAAGGCAGAGUCAGCCGUCCAUUACACCCAGAGGCCAUUACACGCGUCAAGCUGUUUGUCCGGAUAUCAGAACCAUGUUGAACUUGGUUUGUGACACCAUCUGGGCUGCAGAGAGCAUAAGUGAGCAUUGAGGUGCUCAUUCAGUUGCUUUUAUUUUAGGCUAAAGCAGUAGUGGUUGUGAAAUUAUGGUCCAGGGAGCUGUUUCAUGACCCAGAGAGAGUCCUUGGUGUAUUUAAGUACAAAACGUGUUCCAGUAAAACAUUGUAUAAGUGGACAAUGUGCGGCACGGCUACUUGAGAGGCUUUUCAUAGUAUAGGCUAAGCAGAUUAAAUCACAUUUUGGGGUCUGGGCGCAUUUUUGGGAACAAUCGUGGAUUCUUUUGCAAGCUUGAGGAUUCACCGGCACGAGCUAAAAGGUGCAGCCGAGUGCACGUUUUGUGAAGCGCCGGGCGACCCCCUCCAGCUUCAGCCCCCUCCAGCUUCAGCCCGGUCCAGCUUCAGCGUCUCUCUCAAACGUGCCAUUCAGAAUUAGGCUACGAGCGAGGAGGUAGCGCGACACCCUUAAGCCCGAUUUAGCAGCCGAUGCUCCACAUUUCUGCUUCACGAUCCCAAAGUGGGUUUAUAAUACAGUUGCACUGAAAGUUUGUAGGUUAUGGGGUGUAAAUGAAACGGCGUUACUCCGUAGUAAGAGCAGAGUGAAGGAGGGAGGAGAGGCAGGGAGACAAAACACAACCUGGGCAUCGUGCUGUCAAACUACGCCCCUUCCCAAACCAGAAAAUGACAGAAGGAUAAAAUCAUCUUCGGCUACGGAACAUGCUGGCGGCAAUUAAAACAUCUUAAGACCGGCUGCUUGGAACUUUUAUAAUUUCUAUUUCGCAGCGAUCUUCAGGUUAAGUCUGAGAGAAGGAAGAAAAGUCAUGCCGUUUCUGUUUCGGUCACUGGGUUUCGGGGUGGUAGCGUUGUUGGCGCUGUUUUUUAUUUUCGCAGAUUUUUCUGAAUUUAAAGAAGAAACCGGGAAUCUUGGAGGUUCAAGGAAACUUCAAACAUUCCUUCUGAAGUCCAACAGAAACUUCGUUCCUGAGACUCUGCCCACUUCAUCACUGGAUGCUCUGGACCAUAAGCCGCCCCAGUCCCCAGGCAGCACUGUUCCAGUGGCCUCUGGCUGGCGCUUCAACAAGACCCUCUCAAACCUUAUAAGGAAAAACAUCUUGAAGUUCUUGGAUGCUGAGAGGGACAUCUCGAUCCUGAAGGGCAUUUUGAAACCCGGUGCUGUCAUCCAUUACAUCUUCGACCGUCACAGCACCAUGAACGUCUCCGACAGCCUGUACCGGCUCCUGCCCACGGCGUCUCCCAUGAAGAAUCAGCACCACAGACGCUGUGCCAUCGUAGGAAACUCGGGGAUCCUGCUCAACAGCAGCUGUGGCCCAGAAAUCGACUCCCAUGACUUUAUCAUUAGGUGUAACCUGGCCCCGGUGGAGGAGUACGAGCGUGACGUGGGUCGGCGCAGCAGCCUGGUUACCAUGAACCCGUCGGUGGUUCAGCGCGCCUUCCGCGACCUGGCCAGCCAGCAGUGGCGGGAUCGCUUUCUGCAGCGGCUGCGCAGCAUCGCCGGCGGGGUGCUGUGGAUCCCGGCGUUCAUGGCCAAGGGCGGCGAGGAGCGCGUCGAGCUGGCGGCUAGGCUCGUCCUGCGGCAUGGCCUGGACGUGCGGCCUGCUUUCCCCUCACUGCGGCUGCUCGACGCCGUCAGAGGGUACUGGCUGACAAACAAGGUCCAAAUUAAGAGGCCGACGACGGGUCUUCUCAUGUACACCAUGGCUACCCGGUUCUGCGACGAGAUCCACCUGUACGGAUUCUGGCCCUUCGCCCUCGGACCCCAGGGGAAACCGGUGAAGUACCAUUACUACGACAGCCUGACGUACGAGUACACGUCGCAUGCCAGCCCUCACACCAUGCCUCUGGAGUUCAAGACUCUCAGGGAGCUGCACAGACAGGGGGCGCUGUGUCUUCACACUGAGGCCUGCAGCACGAGAACGUGAGCUUCAUGGCUGAUCCUGUGACAAACCGGGACCUCUGUGAAUUAUUUACCCAGAGUGGCCUCCUGCCUGAGGCGUGGAGGGAUAAACUCAGGUGUUGUCUAAGGAAAAUCCUGCAGUGAGCUGCCAAAACGAGUCACGUACAACAGCUCUUACGCAUUUUAGAGAGCCUGCAUACUUAACAGCAUGGAGUAACGGUUUAUUUAUUACAAAAGAAUGCGCUCCCUGCAUCCCGUCUCUCGCUACGGAUCAGUGACUGACCGUUUUCAUACGCCCGGGACCAAACGGGUCGAGUUUUAAAUGUCUCUGUUUUUGCUGAGGGUAUUUCCAGUGUAUUUCUGAGUGUCGCAUUGCCAGUCAUACAGACCCGCUGUGAGUUUCUCAUUGGAACGGAGAGGGCGUAUAUUUCUCCCUUGUCCUUUUGGGUUAUUUAAAUGCAGAAAUGUUUGUAUUCUAGAUGCCCUGGCCUGUUUGAACGCAGAUUAAAGGGUAGAUGUGUUUUAAGGAAAGUGGGUUUGCACACAGGCACCGCUGAUCAGGAGGUAAACAGAGACAGAAGGAAGGGUGCAGCUCAGAUCCUGGAAACGCCCAGGCAUUUACAUACCGGGCAGGUAGAGCUACCUGGGCUUGACUAAUAACGCCACACUGUUUGUUUUUAAAGGACUAACUCCUGCAUACUGAGUGUCGCCUGUGUAUGAAUGCGAUUAGUGCAUCUUCCCCCAGCUGUGCAUUAAAAUGAAGAACAUAACAGGUGCAGUGUUCCAAACCCACACCCCCUGCUCUUCUCAUUUGCUCGACUAGCCCCCCCGAAAAAGCAGAAUCGCGUCUCACUGUUACGUCGUAAUUUUAAGAGUCUUCUGUGAUCAUUUGCGGUUCUCAGACGCUGGUCUGUACAAGCUGCAGCUUCACCACUGGACUCACCCUGUGUUUCCCUGCCCUACUCUAAUCUGGGUAAGACACUAUUCCACGUUCAUCCUAUAAAAUACUUAUUUUGGUAUCACUCUACAGUUCCGCUAGUUUAUUUUGAAGCAGAACUAGUUCAUAUGCCUUUAAGUCACAAUCCAUGGCAACUGUGAGCCAAUGUAACCAACUUCUGUGACCUCUUAAAUGAAGCGUGACAGCUUUAGCGAAAGAGGGGGGCAUUUCUAACCGGUUCACCUGUGAGGAGGUGGGGAAUCUCAUCAACGAUGCUGUAUUGCGUUUCAUUCGCACACUUCAUCACCCAUUGUAUUUUAUUUACGAAAAUCUUAAAGCCUUAAUCUGUAUGAUUAAAUAUAAAAUUAUACAUAAUUAUGAUGCCUGUUUGCACAACAGUGUUGAAAUACAAACACAGCCAAGCUUGAAGAAUGCAUCAAUGUUUGCUCCCCACCUCCAGGAGAGAGAGCUGUUCUUGAGCUCAAGGCCAACGAGAUAAAGUGCCAUUAGCCUUGGAAAAGGUCCUGUGCUACUCCAGGUAAACACAGCUGAGUAAAUGUGCAAAUGUGUCGGAAACCAGGAGCAGAGCGCCGUUAUUUUUUCUGCGAGGCAGUGCUAGCUGGUCCGGAGGUGGCACCUCCCAACACUGGUGUUCCUGGCCCCCAGACGCUCUCUGGCACCAGGGGAAAUGAAGCAGCUAUGGCACAUUAGCACUAAGCGGAUUGAUCCAACCUCUCGUCCAUCGCGCUAAUGCUGCUCGGGCUUAAUGUUGUACAAUGGAGGAAACGUGCAGAACAUCACAAAAUGCUGCCUCGGUCGCAGUAUUACAUGCAUGCAUGUGGCAGCUGCCGCCUCGUUAGCUAAUGAAGCACGUUACCUUCGUCCUUUCUCUAACAGAAGCCGGAACAGGUCACCGGAGGACGUGCCGUGAAACGAGCGAGACCUCAGCCACGCGCCAUUUAUACUGGAACUGUCAGCCAACAACACGUACAGGGAGAGAACAUUGCAUUCCUCAGAAGCAGAGAUCUCAGUGCCUCGGACUGCAGAGAGACGCAGGCAUGUGGCUCUGGAAGCAGACUGACAGUCGGCGCGGCAGCAGCACAGCAGAGAUAAGGGCCGCUAACCCGAGCGCCAAACUAAUUAUACAGGGGAUUAAAAACUUAGAGGCACAAGCAAAGUUAUUCACUCCGUAAGCCCAACCCCGUCUCUCAUGGCAUGAUUCUGCAGGGGGGAAAAAAAUCAUUCUGACACAAAGUUAGCGUAUGAAAGUUGAUUUUCGCCUGUCUGGAGGAGGCUUAUUUAAUUUUGGGUCCGCUAAAAGCAACAAAAGGCCAAAACGGCAAAGUGGCGCAUCAAUGAAACACCGGAAGAAUAUUGAAAUGUCAAUCACAUGUGAUGCAGAGA